AGAUCAGAAGCGGGCCUAGUUUCCAAUGCCCCCCAUCGACGAUGAGGAGGAGAAUCUGGACCCACGUGACUGAUCGGAAUUUUUCUGGAGCUUGCAGCUCUCGGGCAGAGCUUGAGACCCAACCAGUGAGUGUGUGUAAGCAAGCUUUGGAGGAAGUAUGGAACCGUGGGUGGGGUGCUUUUGCGGUGUGUGAAUGAACCGUUUGUUUUCAGAUGACAGGUCGAUGGCAUUUUUUGAGGUGACCGCGGUGAAGGCAGAGAGAGAGCGAGAGAGAGAGAGAGGAAAAGGGCAAGCAAGGCCAGCCGAACCGAAAUUUUUGUGAAAACCGUCCCCCCGCCCCCCAAAAUAAGCAGCACCACAGAAGCUUAUAUAUUCGGCGACGUGUUUGUUCGUGUGUGUGUGUGUGUGUGUGAAUGUAUUCAUUCAUUCCCGUGUUAUACUUAGUAAAAGAAUCCCAAUGUGUGGGAAACCAAGGACGAAGAUUCGGGUGUGUGUGUGAUGGUGGAUGGAGUUUCUUGCUUUUGGAGAACGGAUAUCGCGACCGGCACAGAUCCCUCAGGCCACGAAAAGAAGGCUGUGCUUCAUCGGGGUCCACUCUCGUCGGAAGAAGAGCAUAACUUUCUGACAUGCCCUGCUGCAGGUUUAUGUUGCAAAUCGCGACUGUAACAGCUGAUUUUGGAGAUCGCAGGGGGAGGGAGGACUUUGGUUAGGACUAUUAAGCUCGGUUGUAUUAUAUUCCUCUAGCAAGUGGCAGCUGAAACGCAUGCGCACACGCAGCGUCUGGGCCCCAGGAAUCUGGUCCUUUCUGUUCCUUUGUCCGUUCGGUGCUCGUAGAUUUGAGCUUGAGCCCUUUUAGCGAAGAUUGUCUUUGUGUGUAGGGGGGGUUGGGUGGAAAGUGUCGUGGGGUCGUCUGGUGUGAGCUCAGCAGCCCCACCUCAUCGAUGCCACAUUUGGUUGCUGGGAAGAACUGGGAAGGGCUCCGUGAUCGCAGGUUAACAUUGCUGGCGAGGCGGUGCUGAAUCUGGAGUGGAGUGGUGAGUUCAUCGGUGGCAAUGGCGGACGUGGUUUCUGGUGUGUUGGGUGUGUGAGGGAGUGGUUCCCUGGUCUGGCCCUCGAAUGGGAUCGUCGCCAUGUGAGAGUCAGGGUGCGAUUGUGCUCCGAGCUUUCCCUGUUUGGGAGUUGGGUGGUGCAGCAGUGUAGGUGAAGUGUUCGCGAAGUCCAUAAAAAGUGUGAGGGUGCAUAGUUCUGAAGUCGAGGGAACGUAGGCUUGCGCGCGCGAGAGAGAGUGAGAGAGAGAGUUUGUGUGUGUGUAUCUUUGUCUUGGUUUCUUGCUAUGCAUCGGAAGCCGGGAAUAUAUUCUUUGCACCUGCUGGCUGGGUCUAAACCACGUUGUGAAGAAAAAUGGUUCUGUCGUUGGACUCGCAACUGGCAGCUUCUGAACGCGAAGUCGAUAUUAGAAAGACUUUGAAUGACUUCCGUGACCUACCUGUCAACGGUUGCGAGUGAAGUGAUCAUUCAUGUCUUUUCUUUCCUGUUCUUUUUUCUGUUAGGUUUAUGUUUCUUGUUUUCAAUAUUCGACCUAGGUAUGGUGCAUCCAGAGGAUUCUACACAGAACCGAGGUUUUUUCAACCUGUAUCCGAACCUCCAAUUGCUCCUUUUACGAGCCCAGGUUCUCAUUCUGAUGGUUCGACUGUGAGCAUUGUGGAGCUCCAGCCCGUAGGUCCAUCUCCAAUCGUUUUUACAAUGAGUUGGUUGAAGAAUGUGGAGACACGCCAAGAGAGUCCCAUGGCAGUGGAGUUACCUGAAUCAGUAAUGGCGUGGUUUAAGGGAAAGGAUCUGAGAUUACACUACUGGGUGGCAUGGACGGUGUUAGUCUUAGGGUUUAUAGCAUAUGGCUACUUUGAGUUUCUGGUUCCACAGAAUUGUGACAAUAUUCAAUGCGCUGUGGAUUAUUUUCGGCCAGAUGUGAGCCCAAAACCCGCGGAUCCAUUUGUGCCACUGUACAAUGACACACGCCGAAUCGCGGUGUGUUUGGUAGGCGGAGCUCGAAUGUUCGAAAUUACGGGCAGGACGAUUCGCAAGCACCUCCUGGACGUGUACAAUAACACGGACGUGUUUGUACAUUCGCCACUCGACAUGGACAGCCACAAGCUGACUCUUCUCGCGGGUCGCAACCUGCGUGCCGCAAAAAUCUUUAUCCCGACCCCGCAAGCCGAGACGACGAUCGUCAACGAGGUUAUCACCUCGUGGGGGUCUCCGCAUGGGCUGCAGGGGCUGCUGCAAUACUUCAAUCUGGUGGAGGGCUGCUACGGGAUGGUGAAACAGUACGAGGUGCAGUACCGAUUCAAGUAUGACUGGAUCAUCCGCACGCGCGUCGACGGUUACUGGAGCGGCCCUGUACCAGACAUCGCUCAACUAGAUCCGAACUACUACUACGUUGCGGCAGGAAGCGAUUUCCACGGCCUGAAUGAUCGGUUCGGAAUGGGCAACCCUCACACAAGUGGUGCAGCCAAUGCGCGCUUGACUCUGCUGCCAUUGAUGCACCAACGCGGCUUGCGAAAACUGAACUCAGAGUCUGCGUACAAGGCCCAGUUGGAUAUCUCCGGCGUGCCUUACAAGCGUAUUCAGGUCCCGUUCUGUGUCAUGACCCUGCGGCAAGAGGCAUACCCCAAGCCAGCAUGGGGAUUGCUAGUGUUAUCCAUGGCCUCGCGGGGUCCCAUGAGCGGGACUUACUGCAGGCCAUGUGACAAGGAAGAAAACGCGACUGUGUCAGAGCAGGUCGUUAACGGGUGCAUGCGUGACUGGGACUGGCCCGGCGUCGCGGCGAGAGAGGUCACCGUGUGCGAUCCGCGGAAGCCGUGGUCCACCGAAUGGCGAAAGAUCGCUGCGGAGUCGUAUAGCAUAGACGUCCCGGGGGAGGAAAUCCCAAGCCUCUCCUCGCGCUCGGUCCUGCAAUGUAUUGCGGAGAUGCAGGACUUUCAAAGGCAGUGGGAUGUAUGGGAAUCUCCACCUAUAGAGCAGAUUUGCGCGCAGGCUUACAGGGAGCGUUAGUACUUCGAUCAAUUGCAGAGACUUAAGUAGGCAGGAUUUUAGAGGUUUGUAGAGUAAAUUCAGAUUUAGCGUCGAUUUCCAUUUAUCCCUUCCCUGGUCACCUUGACCUACUCCAAAUGACAAAAAUAAUGUUACACUCGUCCAACUCUGAGUGCGUCUGCCUUGCGGAUCACUACUGAUUCAUUUUGUUCUUUGGGAUGCAGCAUAAUAUAUACCUAUCGGUGAUACCGAUGUUAAAAGAC